AUGACUACUUGGACUCCUUUGGAAUCAAACCCAAAUGUUAUCAAUCCGGUAGGAGCUAUUGAAUUUUUUGGAAAAGUUAAUUUUUGGGAUUUUAGAUGAUUCAAAAAAUCGGAGUCAGCGGAUUAAAAGCCGUCGAUGUUUUGUUUUUCGACGAUGAAACUAUCGAAAAACCACAAUUUGCAGUUUUGCUCUGCUUCCCAGAAUAUAAGAAAGUUGAUGAAAUAAUGAAGCCGAUUUACGAAUCAGCAAAACCUGCGAAUGAUUCAAUCUUUUUCAUGAAACAGGUAAGACCAAUCACUUUUUUCCCACAAAAAAGGGUUUUUAGAAAAUCGCGAAUGCUUGCGGCACUUUUGCCUUGUUCCAUGCUUUGGCGAAUUCGGAAGAUCAAAUCAAUAUUGGUGAGUUUUGAAUAGGCAAAGUUGAAAAAAAAAUCGACAAAAUUUUAAAAAUUAUAAAACCAAUUAAACGCGCUCCAGCGCACAUCUUUUUCGUGUAGUUCUCUCGGAGAAGGUGAUAUGAAAAAAUCAAAAAAUUUAUUUCUGAAACAAGUUGCGUUUCCUAGGUGAUGGCACUUUCGGAAAAUGGUUGAAGGAAGCGAAAAAUGUUGGAGUUGAAGAGCGCUCUGGAUUACUUGAAGCAGGUAAUUGAUUUUUAUCAAAAACAUUUGAGAUAAUCCUCUUUGAUAUUUAGACAAACAUUUGUCUGAAAUCCAUGCGAGUGCUGCUCAAAGCGGACAAUCUACUCAAGUCGAUGAUGUAAAUCAUCAUUUCAUUUGCUUUGUUGCAAAAAAUGGCGUUUUGUUCGAGAUUGAUUCGCGUCGCGGAUUCGCCAGAGAAGUUGGCCCAACAAGCGACGAAACUCUUGUAAAAGAUUCUGGCGAAGCUUGCAAACAUCUCAUUGAAAAGCUCAACAAUGUUAGCUUUUCAGCAAUUGCAUUGGUGAAAAAUUAA